AAGAGGUACGCCUGGAACAUGAAGAUCUUUAUUGGAACUAUUCUGGUUCUGAGUGCCUUGGUGGUCAGUUCCCUGUCUGCCACCAUAGACCUGACCGAGAUCCACUCCCAAUCCCAAUUGAUUGGACCAUCUGCGAGUUUCAGUAAGGCCCGCGAAAGCAAUCUCAUUGACCCCAAUGCCUUGGGAAAGGGAAAGACCGGACCCGAGGAGGAGAAGUCCGCCCAGUUCUGGUAUGAUCUGGCCCAGGAAGAGAUUCUGAAACGCCUGGAGCAGCCGCAGCUUGACACGAGGAAGGCCAAGAAUGUAAUCCUUUUCCUUGGAGACGGCAUGUCCUUGUCCACAGUGGCAGCAGCCCGAAUCCAUAAGGGUCAGCUGAAGGGUAAUCCCGGAGAGGAGGAUGGCCUCAGCUUUGAACAGUUCCCCUACACUGGUCUGAGCAAGACCUACUGCUCCAAUGCCCAAGUGGCCGACUCAGCCUGCACCGCCACCGCCUACUUGUGCGGUGUCAAGACCAAUAUCGUAGCUCUGGGUGUGACUGCCGCCGUAAACUUCAACAACUGCAGUGGAAGCGAGGAUCCUGCCAACCAAAUCCCCUCCAUUGCCACCUGGGCCCAGGCUGCCGGCAAAGCUAGUGGCAUCGUCACCACCACCACUCUGACCCAUGCCAGUCCAUCGGGAGCCUACGCUCACACCACCAACCGCUUCUUCGAGAGUGACACCGACAUCGUGACCUACGGCGAGGGCCAGAACUUCCCGGAGUCCUGCACGGACAUUGCCACCCAGCUGAUCACCCAGGCUCCUGGCAAGAACUUUGACGUGAUGUUGGGCGGUGGAAUCGGCAAAUUCUUGCCCAACACCAUCACCGAUCCUUUCGAAAAGAAGGGCGAGCGAUCAGAUGGAGUUAACCUCCUGUCCCGCUGGCAAGGACUACAUCCCGGCGGAGUCUUGGCCUACAACCGAAACCAGCUCCUUAGUGUGAAUGCCUCGAAGAUCACCAACCUGAUUGGCACCUUCCGCUCGGGCGUGAUGAGCUUUCACAAAAUGGCCAAUGCGUCGGAGGAGCCCACACUAGCGGAGAUGACCGAAAAGGCCAUCGAGGUAGUGAGCCAGAACGAAAAUGGAUACUUCAUCUUUAUUGAGGGAGGAUUGAUCGAUUAUGGAAACCACUUCAACUCUCCCAAGUACUCGCUGGACGAGACGCUGGAGCUGGAGAAGGCCGUGGCUGUAGCUCAGCGCAUAACUAACCCCGAGGAGACCCUCAUCGUUGUAACCUCUGACCAUGCCCAUCCGCUGACCAUUGCUGGGUACCCCGGCAGAGGCACUCCCAUCCUGGGCCUCAAUCAAGAUGACACUGACAAGAAUGGUGUGAAGUACGCCACCCUGAACUAUGCCGUGGGUCUGGAGCAGUAUCUGGAUGAACAAGGCCAGCGCAUUGAUCUCUCGGAAAAGAUUUUGGAAGAUGACUUCAUUGCUCCCAGUUAUAUUCCUGCCAAAAUCGGUGUGCAUGCCGGCGACGAUGUGGGCAUCUUUGCCACUGGUCCUCAGGCCCAUCUCUUCACCGGCGUCAUGCAGCAGAGCACCAUUCCUCACUUGAUGGCUUAUGCCGCCUGCAUCGGCGAUGGCAUCACCCUCUGCAACAAAGACAACAAAUAGAAGGGGCUUUCCUUUAAAAUUCAUUAAAACAUAGAGUAU